AUGGCUUCAGACGCUGCAUCUCAGGUCAAUGUUGGCGCUCUCAGCCCAGACGACUGUAUCUCUGUGUACCAAGGUACGAAAAUUUACCUGCGAUAUAGUGCCAUCUUCGACGAUUCCAAGGACCAGAUCGCAGAACCUAUUGUUCAAUGUGUUCAGAUUAAGCCCCUUCCUCCCCAGCCAGGCAACCAGGAGCGUUAUCGAGCCGUCUUCAGCGACAUCGCCAACUAUGUUCAGACCAUGAUUGCCUCUCAGAUCAACAACCUUGUGACUGAUGGAACCCUCCGAAAGGGUUGCUUUGUCCGACUCAAGUCAUUCCAGGCUAACUCGGUCAAGGGCAAAAAGAUCCUGAUUAUUUUGGAUCUUGAGGUUCUCAAAGAUUUGGGCGAGGCGGAGAAAAUCGGCGAUCCAAAGCCCUUGGAAGUGAAGGGGGAGGAAGAAGAGAAGCCUCAACCAACAACAAUUUCCAGUAAUGGAUUCUAUGGCUCCAAGCUUCAAGGAGGUCCACCACAGCAACCUCCUCAGGUUCCAUCGAUGCGAGGACCUUCUUCAUCCGCCCAUCCUACCAUUUACCCCAUUGAGGCUAUUUCACCAUAUUCCAACAAAUGGACCAUCAAAGCUCGCUGCACCAGCAAGUCCAGUAUUAAGACAUGGCAUAACAAGAAUGGCGAAGGUAAAUUAUUCAGUGUCAAUCUGUUGGACGAUAGCGGCGAAAUUCGUGCAACUGGUUUCCAGGAACAGUGCGACAUGCUUUAUGAUCUCUUCCAGGAAGGCGGCGUCUACUACAUCUCCAGCCCCUGCCGUGUUCAGAUUGCUAAGAAGCAAUUCAGCAACCUCAGUAAUGAUUAUGAGUUGACCUUUGAACGUGACACGACGGUUGAGAAGGCAGAGGACCAGAAUGAUGUGCCACAGAUCCGCUUCAACUUCACCAACAUCGGAGAUCUGCAGUCUGUGGAGAAGGAUACUACUACAGAUGUUAUCGGUGUGCUGAAGGAAGUUGGUGAAACAUCUCAAAUUGUGUCCAAGGGCACAGGCAAACCUUAUGACAAGAGAGAACUCACUCUUGUCGAUAAUACCGGCUUCUCUGUUCGCCUGACCAUCUGGGGUACAUCUGCUGUCAACUUCAGUGUCGCUCCAGAAUCAGUCAUUGCUUUCAAGGGCGUGAAAGUGUCCGAUUUCGGCGGAAGAAGCUUGAGUCUGUUGAGUUCUGGCUCAAUGGCUGUAGACCCCGAUAUCAACGAGGCUCACCGACUUAAGGGUUGGUAUGAUGCGCAGGGCCGAACUGAGGCGUUUACCUCUCACGCCUCCCUCUCCAGUGCCACCAACACCAGCAUGAAGACCGACCAAUUCAAGACGAUUGCACAGGUUCGAGAUGAACAACUGGGUAUGUCGGAACAGGUAGACUACUUUUCGCUGAAAGGUACUGUGACCUACAUCAGACAAGAUUCUACCUGGUGCUACCCAGCUUGUAGCUCUGAGGGGUGUAACAAAAAGGUGACUGAGCUGGACCCUGGUCAAUGGCGUUGUGAAAAGUGUGACAAGACUCAUCCCAGGGCUGAGUAUCGCUACACCAUGCCUGUCAGUGUGAGCGACCAUACCGGUAACCUCUGGCUCACUUGCUUUGAUGACACUGGCCGUCUUAUUAUGGGGAGAUCAGCCGACGAUAUGAUGCAACUGCGAGAAGAUGACCCCACGGCAUUUAGUGAAGUUUUCCAAGAUGCCAAUUGUCAGACAUGGCAUUUCCGAUGCCGAGCCAAGAUCGAUAACUUUGGUGAACAGGCACGAGUACGAUACCAGGUGUCCUCCGCCAAGACCAUCAACUACUCAGAAGAGGCAUCUCGUUUGGCUGAAAUCAUUAGUUCUUACCACCUCAGUUAG